UAGAGGCUGGAGCUCGGUCACAUGGGCGGACAGCCCAUGAGCGGUGGGACGGUGGCUGUAGAACAUUCAGUACUUCUACAGCGAGCCUGAGCAGAAGAGAGGGGGGAGUUCCUGUCUUGACGGUCCCUCCUCUCGUUCUAAUUUUUUUCCAAUCCUCCCUCGAGCGCUCCCUGCCUCUCAUACACAAGCCGUGAGUCACCGAAGACGACCUGGGGAACGACCCGCUCAAACCUACUCGUGUCCCGGUCGCCUUUUAUCCUCGCUGCGGUCACCGUUUCUGCUGCAACGUUGUUAUUUUUUUAGUUAAUUUUGCGGUCUUUUCCUCGCUGUCGACAUGCCCGAGGACGUCGGACCAGCCAAACCUGGCGGCGUGAUCGCCUACAUCUCGUCGGGCGCCGCCUCUAGCCCCGAGUCCUGCAUGAGCACCAGUCCCGGUGCCGGCACGGGGAGCAGCUUCCUUUCCACGUCCCCCGUACCGCCUCGCCCCUCGCUGCCCAGCAGGGCGGUGGGCAUGGUGGUGGACAUCGCGCCGCCCGCCAAGAACGCGGCUCGAGGCGCCGACAAGGCGGGGCGCUCGACUACCGCCGCUAAGAGCAGCAUUACCAAAAUAAACGGCAUGGUGCUAUUGUGUAAAGUAUGCGGAGACGUCGCCUCGGGCUUCCAUUACGGCGUCCACGCCUGCGAAGGCUGCAAGGGCUUCUUCCGUAGAAGCAUCCAGCAGAACAUCCAGUAUAAAAAGUGUCUCAAGAUGGAGAACUGCACCAUCAUGAGGAUCAACAGAAACCGAUGCCAGCAGUGUCGCUUCAAGAAAUGUUUGGCUGUCGGCAUGUCCAGAGACGCCGUGCGAUUCGGUCGCAUCCCGAAGCGCGAGAAGCAGCGUAUGCUCCUGGAGAUGCAAAAUGCCAUGAACAACAUGAUGAGCAAUAACAGCCAGCUGCACAGCAUGCUGCACGGCCACCAGAGCCCCACGCUUCCCGCCGACGCCAGCCCGUCGCCCUCUUCUUCCUCCGCCUCCUCUUCGUCCUCCUCGUCCGAUUCGCCGUCCUGCUCCAACCCUUCGUCCCCGCAGUGCCCCCUGCGCGACGCCGAGUCGGUGGUCUCCAUGGACACCAGCUCGUCCUCGUCCUGCGGCUCCGACAGCGGCGAGGAUGACGUCAGGCCGACGGAGAAAAUGGCCACGGCGGGCGGCUCCGCCGACUCCCGCGUGGAAAGCUGGAACCGCUGGAACAAUGAGGCAGAAGCCCCGUCGGGGUACCGGGAACCCCCCGCAAACGUUUACGCGCACUUUAACCAGCACGCCGGCGCCCCCAUCUGUCCCGUGGAGGGGCAGCAUCAGCGCGCCUACGCUAACGGAAGAGCACACCUGGUGUGUCCUAUGAACACAUCGCCGUACGUGGACCCUAACAAGCCUAGCCAGGAAAUCUGGGAGGAGUUUUCCAUGAGCUUCACGCCCGCCGUGCGCGAAGUGGUGGAGUUCGCCAAAAGAAUCCCGGGGUUCAAAGAUCUCCCCGAGCACGACCAAGUGGGGCUGCUCAAAGCCGGGACCUUCGAGGUGCUGAUGGUCCGCUUCGCCUCGCUCUUCAACAUGGCCGAGCGCACGGUCACCUUCCUGAGCGGCAAGCACUACAGCCUGGACACGCUGCGGGCGCUGGGCGCCGGCGAGCUGCUGGCAUCCAUGUGCGACUUCAGCGAAAAGCUCACCGCGCUCGGGCUGGACCGCGACGAGAUGAGCCUCUUCACCGCCGUCGUCCUCGUCUCUGCAGACCGUUCGGGUCUCCAGGACCUUCCCGCAGUGGAAGCCCUCCAAGACAAGCUGAUCCGAGCCCUCCGGCAGCUUCUCAUGCAAAACCACGGCGACGAAGCGGCCACCACCUUUACCAAACUUCUCCUCAAGCUGCCCGAGCUGCGCUCGCUCAACAACAUGCACUCGGAAGAGUUGCUCUCCUUCAAAGUGCACCCCUGACGGAACCCCUCCGUCCAAAGGACCCCCACCGACAGCGAGCGACCCCGCCCCCCCCGAACUCGUACCGAACUUUCCCGAGAGGAACGUCGCCGACCGACGGGAGAACUCGAGCGGCUUUAUGCAAACCGUUUUUUUGACGGUUCCGAUGCAUGUUUAUAGCGACAACAAUAAAAGUGACCAAUGUGCUGCUAAUGCUAAUGCAUGGCUAAACGUGCUCGUGGCCACUUCCUCCAAACGUGUGCGUGUGUUGGUGUUCGUCGUGUGGCUCUCGUCUUCUUUUUCAUUUUUUUUUUCAGCGCCUCGAACGCACCGCCCGGAGAUUGUCGGGACAUUCGCGCAACGUACUGUAAACGCUCGAGGCGACUUUUGUUUUUUUUUUAACUUACCACUUUUUUUCUUUGUAUGAUUUUUGUUGUUGUUGUUUUUAAAUCAAAUGUCGGGCUUUUUUCGCACGGCGCUCGACUUGGAAAGAAAAAAAAGUUUUUGCGUUAUUGUACUUGGCAACACUGUCAAUUGUAAAUAAGUAUACAUAUAAAUAUAUAUAUAUCUUGAACAUAGGCAAAUAUGUAUAGUUAUAAAUGAAUAAAUAUGGGAGCGUAUGAAAAUGAACUGUGUGGAGUGUUUUGUUAUAUUUACAAAGUUUGUGUUUGUACAGGGUGACCCAAAAACAACUUUUUAGCAAUUCAGUAACAUACCUGUCAACCCGAGGCCAUUGGGAAUCUUACAAAUAGUGACGUGUGCCCUUACAAAUUGGUGAGUAUCACUGAGUAAUCUUGCGUUUCAUAUAGCGUGCAAUGUGAAACUAAAAAUUAAACUAAAUUUUUAAAAUGGUAUGAAUUUAUUGGUAAUAUUGUAACUAAAGAUGUGCCGAUCGAUUGGGUCCAAUCACAUCAUCUUCAAAGUAUCGUAAUCGGCAAAAAAAUAUCGGACAUGCCUUUUUUUAAUAUAUUUUUAAUUAAAUCGUUUUCUAAUUGUAUUUAACGUUACAUACAUGUCUUUCACUCAUCCAGAGUCUUUAGUUUUGACUUAAAGAAGGGCUAUCAAAUUUAUCGCGUUAACGGCGGUAAUUAAUUUUUUAAAAAUUAAUCACAUUAGAAUAUUUAACGCAAUUUACGCAUGCGCUGCACAACCCACCCACGCAUUGUCACGUUCAAUCUAUAAUGGCGCCGAUUUACGUAUAUAUAGAGAUAAAAGGCAGCGUAAAAUGAGCAGAGUGAAUUUUGGCAGUCUUUGGAGCCGUUUUUUAAAUGGCUAAAGCCUUAAAAUCCCUUUUUCUUCUUGAUCUUUUUCUUAACACCCUAUGUUAUUUCCCAACGCAGAGAAGGUAUAUCAAUUGUUUCCACUACGCAGUCAUGGUUGCACUUCCCAUCAUGCAUUUUGGCAGAACAGUUAAAUGGCUACAGUGUCAUUUACUGAAAGCUCAACAAAUACACUAGAUGGCAAUAUUUAGUCACGAUAUACAGAGUCACAUUUAUCCUUUAAGAAUUAAUUACAA